CUUUUGUUCAGCUUAAGUGGCAGACAUAUUUUGGAAAAGAAUUUUGAGGAAAAUAUAAUCCAGCAUUUAAUUCAGCCAUGGCUCCAGCUAUUAAAGAGGAUGAAAUUUUCAAAACUGCCCCUUUUGAUCCCCGUUUUCCAAAUACCAACCAAACUCGUUAUUGCUACCAGAGCUACAUUGACUUCCACCGCUGUCAAAAAGUGAGGGGAAGUGAUUACAAGCCCUGUGAAUAUUUCUCCAAAGUGUUCCAUUCCGUGUGCCCAAAUGCCUGGAUUGAGAGAUGGGAUGGUCAAAGAGAGGAAGGAAAUUUCGCUGGAAAUAUUUAAAUUAUUCCUGUAUUACACACUAGUUAAUAAAUAGUUUAUUCGUAAGGACAUUAUGCUGUCAUAU